AUGGGGAGGGUGGUGAGGCGUGGACGGGCCUUGGCGCUUGCGGCAUUGGCCGUGGUGCUUGUUCUUGGAGUGGCCGUCGAGGCGCGCUUCCUUGAGAAGCAGAAUUUGGGUGGCGGUGGUGGGCUUGGUGGAGGGCUAGGCCAUGGUGGGGGUCUUGGUGGUGGAUUUGGAGGUGGGAAAGGUGGUGGUCUAGGCGUGGGAGGUGGUUUCGGUGGAGGUGGUGGGUUUGGUGGUGGUGGCGGUGCAGGAGCUGGGCUCGGUGGAGGGCUUGGACAUGGAGGUGGGUUUGGUGGUGGAAAGGGUGGUGGUCUUGGAGGUGGUGGGCUGGGCGGUGGUGCUGGAGGCGGCCUUGGCGGUGGUGCAGGAGGAGGGCUUGGAGGUGGUGCCGGUGCAGGUGGUGGCCUAGGCGGUGGAGCGGGAAGCGGCCUCGGAGGAGGAGGCGGCCUUGGUGGUGGGGCUGGUGGCGGUCUUGGUGGUGGUGCCGGUGCAGGCAGUGGAGCAGGAGGUGGUCUUGGCGGAGGAGGAGGCCUUGGUGGUGGUGCAGGAGGAGGCCUCGGUGGCGGUGCUGGUGGUGGCCUAGGAGGUGGGGUCGGAGGUGGUCUCGGUGGUGGUGCUGGCGCAGGGCUUGGAGGUGGUGCUGGUGGUGGCCUUGGAGGAGGUGGCGGGCUUGGUGGUGGCCUAGGAAGCGGUGGUGGCGCUGGAGUGGGCGGUGGCGGCUUAGGCGGUGGGUUUGGAGCUGGAGGCGGUGCUGGUCUGGGUGACGGAGGUGGUGGAGGUUUUGGAGGUGGCGGUGGCAUUGGUGGUGGACACUAAGGAAGUCCAUGAGGGCUUAAUUUAAGAAAGUGUGAUGUAAAUGAGUACUAAGUAUAUGACUGAAGCUUACGCUUGUAUGUUUAAUUAAAUUUUACGGUCUUCGUAAGUGUGUGUUUACAAUUGCUUAUUCAUCAUCUUGGUAAUGGAAUAAAGAGAUUGGUACAUUGUUA